CACAUCAAUCACACUUCAAGUCUUCAGACAAUCUUCAAACUUUCAUCUUUCGAAACUUUUUUUGCAACACAAAACAACCUUCAUCAUGCCUGGCUCAGACUGUGGAUGCAACUCUGCCGGAUCUUGCAAGUGCGGAUCCAACUGCACUUGUGGCAACACGUGCUCUUGCAACACUUGCCCUCACACUUCUUAAACGGGGCGACUUGAUAAGUUAACUUGAAAAUGACACGAUGAUGAUCAGACGAAAUCCAGAGAGGUGUUGCAUGGGGUUGCAUGGAUAAGGAGUUGAAUUUUGAUGUCAGUGGGACUUGUUGGCUUAUGAGAUGGAGUCAGGGGGAUGAUACCACUAUCGACCAGUUCACAAUGCAAUCAUUUAAUUCCAGAA